GAGUUCGAUACCACAGCGCAUGCGCGCCAACCGGUUCUAGAAAAAUGGCGGAGUCCCCUAGCGCUAAGCGAAAGCGUGAGGCGAAAGAUGGAGAGAACGGGAACGCCGAGUCCCAAGGGGAAGGCCCCGGUACUGGCACCUUCCCCUUGGCUGAGAUCUCCGUGCGCAAAGUGCUUAGGGAGUCUGCGCGCGACAAGGCCAUCUUCCUUCACGGACAGGUGAACAGCGCUUCUGGUGACGGGACAGAUGCUGUGGUGAUUCUGGAGAAGACACCCUUCCAGGAGGAGAACAUAGCUGAACUCCUGAAGAAACACACCAAGCUCCAGCUCCAGAUGUCCAAUGACAUCUACAGCACUUACCACCUUUACCUGCCUCCUGAGCUGAAUGAGAUAAAAACCACUGUGGUUUACCCAGCAACGGAGAAACACCUUCAGAAAUAUUUGCGUCAGGAACUGUGUCUCAUCCAGGAGACUGGGGAGGAUUACAAAAAAAUUACUCUGCCUUUUAUCGAGUCACAGAGCUUCAGCAUUCAGUGGGUAUACAACAUCCUGGAGAAGAAGGCUGAGGCUGAUCGAAUAAUCUACGAAAACCCGGAUCCUGCCCAUGGGUUUGUUCUCAUACCAGAUUUUAAGUGGGAUCAAAAGCAGGUAGACGAUUUAUACUUAAUUGCUAUCUGCCACUGCCGGGGAAUCAAGUCACUCAGGGAUCUUACUGCUGAGCACCUGCCUUUGCUGAGGAACAUCUCACGGGAAGGGAAGGAAGCCAUAGUGAAGCGGUUUGGCAUUGGUGGGGCUCAGCUGCGAGUUUACCUGCACUACCAGCCCUCCUACUACCACCUCCAUGUGCAUUUCACCGCCCUCAGCUACGACGCUCCUGGAUGCACCGUGGAGCGAGCCCACCUCCUCUCAGAUGUGAUAGACCACCUGGAGCACGACUCCCAGUACUAUCAGAAACGCACCCUGACCUUCGCCCUCCGGGCAGACGAACCCCUGCUGAAGAAAUUCCAGGAAGCUGGUCGCGUCUAAACUGUCAAAGGACUGUUGAACUAAGUGUACAUACGGUUCAUAGGGAUUGUUUUAUAUUGCCUUUUUAAGACAUUUUGUUUAUGGUUUUGUAAGAUUGGAGGUUAUAUUUCGUGUUGCUGUUGGAGCAUUUCUUUCCCAUCAAUAAAUGGGUAUGUUCUGGA